ACUUACAACAGUCAGCCGGCGACUGCACCACGUCUCACUUGUAUUGCACAAUAAACACGAGAGGACUGAAAGCUCGACUACGCAACAUGGCUCCUUCUGCUCGGCACAGCAAGAGCGAUAUUGACGUGCAAGAGGAAGAGUGCUACUAUGGCAUCCAGAAGGUGGACAGGAAGACAAGGAAGCCUCUGGUGGAGAAGCAAAGGCGAGCUCGCAUCAACGAGAGUCUGCAGGAGCUGAGGACCUUGUUAGCAGAUGCAGACUUGCACUCCAAGAUGGAGAACGCAGAGGUGCUCGAGAUGACGGUGAAAAAGGUGGAGGACGUCCUGAAGAGCAGAGCCAAAGAAGCGGACACGCUGAGCCACGAAGCAAGCGAGCGCUUCGCAGCCGGCUACAUCCAGUGCAUGCACGAGGUCCACAUGUUCGUGUCCACCUGUCCCGGCAUCGACACGACAGUGGCCGCCGAGCUGCUCAACCACCUUCUGGAGUGCAUGCCCCUCAACGAAGAUCACCUCCAGGACGUGCUGAUGGAUCUAAUUGCCGACACAUCCGGGAACGCAGACGGCACGUGGCGCGGAGGCGGAGAUCCGCUUUGUUCGACGCUGGCCUCCCCCGGGGGAAGAAGCGUGUCCAGCGGGUCGUCCUCCGGCACGUCCGGCGAGGACUCAUGCUCCGAUCUGGACGACACCGACAGCGAGCACAACCAGAGCACUGCGGAGGCUUUGGAAAACAGGGAAGCUCUGAGCACACCCACCGUGACCUACUCCAGGUCCAUGUGGAGACCCUGGUAGGAGCCCGCCAGUUUCCAUGGGCUGCGUGGAUCUAUGGACGCCCUUGAGGAAAAAUUCCACCCCAAAACAAACACUUACUAAUUACGGAUGAACACACUCUUGUACAGUUGCCACGGCCAUGGAUUUACAAAUGCUCUCCACAACUCACCUUCACAAUGACUCUGUGGAUCCAAUUUUUUUUUUCCUGUCUCUUUGCACAUGCCAACUGAAAGCGUCUGCAACUGUCCAUUGGAUUUCGUGGCUUGGUUAUUUCAGAAGAGUGGCUUUUCCUUUAGGCAGCACAAUGAAGUAGUGGGAAGCACAUCUUCCCAAUGCUGAGGUUGUGGACCCCAAGCUCAGCUUUGAGUUACCCGUGUGGCGUUUGCAUGUUUUUCCUUUUUUUUUUUUGUCCGACUUACAUUCCAAAAACAUGUAUGCCAUGUUAAAUGAAGACUCCAUAUUGUCCACGGAUACAAAUUAGAGUGUAAAAGGUUGUCUAUUUGCGCCCUGCCCACCGGUUCAGAUUGUCCUCACCCAUGCUGACCCCAACAAGGAAAAUAAUAUCAAUAACAUUGGUCAACAGCAAAUUUUAAUCAGAGGUGGCUUUAUGUGUCCCUAAACAUAUUUUUUACCCUGAUUUCAAAACGUCUAUUUUUUACCCCCUAGCACAUCAGGUUUGCAUUAUUAGUCUUUUUGUUUGACCUAUAAAACCUUGUACAAUACGGAUUUUACCAUGUGUUGUAAUCUAUAGCUCUGACGCUUCAGAAAAGAACCUAACCAUUAAUUCAUAAAUAUUAAUAAAUAUAUUACUAUAGCACAUAUUAUUAUUAUUAUUUUGUGAAAACCUUUUGUGCUAGAGAAAAGACAAGGGCAGAUUCUGAAUCAAUGCCCCAAAAAAAUCUAGAAAAGUUGACAUGUCUGAUUAAAAAAAAAAAAAAUUGUCAACCAGUAUAUUGGGUGGAUGGACGUCGUUUGUGGCCUAAUAAUGACACUCUUCCUCACAAUAUUCACUUAUCGUUCUGCCACUAAGGACAAAUGAGGAAUUGAGCCCUUUUUUAUGUGAAUAAAUUUCAUGUACUGUAUAUAGCAUUUGUAAGGAGAGAAGCAAGCUCUUUUAGAAAAUGUAAGUUUGGCAGUGCCUCUAAUUAAUAUAAAUAUUUCUAAUGUAUUUCAUAAAGAUUUGUAGUUUAUCUGUCCUGUAAACUCCUUUAGAAUUGUUGUCUUGCUAUAAAGUAUAGAUCUCUGUAUUUGCUUAAUAAAAUACUUGGAUGGAAAUGCUUGAGCUACUUAUGUGACUCAACGUGAA